UCUAAACGAUGUAAACAAACUUGAUUGCGACCGUAAAUAUUUUUGAAAAGCGAAUUAAUGAAAUAUGUCAAAGCGACACUCUAUUAUAGAUAUACUGUAAUGUAGCAUGGGUUAUUAUUUAGUUGUUGCUGUUGUGAAAACUGAAAAUAUUGAAAUAUUUGGAUAGAUAUGAAUGCAAAAACAUACUGAUGUGGUGUUGUUGACAGAUCUGUCAGUUGUCACAAAUUAAAAAUGCCUUCCACCAUUGCUCCGAUCAAUCUAACAAGGAACAAUUCAAUCCGCCCUGCCAGUGGACUACGGUAUGGAAACUUUGAAGGGGUGACGCAUCUUCCUCCACUUAACACAGGUGGGAGAUACAGCGACUUCACCUCACUCAAUAACCAGCAGAUAUUUAAGACAGUGUGUGAGUGGUUCGAAGCAUGGAGGCCUUGGCAGCAAAGAAUCUCACUCUGUGGUAUUGCAAACAGGUGCUCGGCUCAUCAGCUGGACAUCUUGGCAACCACAUUGGAACCAGUACGUCAUCGUGAUUAUGUGACCGCAUCGCGACAGAGAUACCCAUCAGCUUCCUUCAGAAGAGUUCAGCAAGUCCAUAGGAUUCAUCUUGACUCUAAACCAAACAGAAAGUCUCAGAAGAAAAAAUCAAUUCGUGAUCAAAAUAUCAAAAGUAAAACUGACUCAGCUGAAAAAUCCCAAACCCCAAAAUCAAGUGAACAGAAGAUUAGGAGAGUUAGUAGAGCCAAUUCUAAGUUAUCCACAGUUUCAGUAACAUUUGCAGAUGAUGUUAAACCAGACAAAGAAGAAAUUCCCCCAAUAACACCUGUUCAAGUUUUAGACUCUUUUGCUGACCAGCUAGCUCAGGGAGUAUUGCAAUCAGCAUUUCAGGAGGUGGCAACAAUAGAAAAAAUUGAAAAGAGGGAAUUCUCGAAAUCAAAAGUGAAAGACGGAUCUGAAAACAAUGCAGGAGAAAAUGGUGAUAGUGAGUUUAAGACUGAAGGUGGAACUGUGGACGAAGACGGAGAUAAAGAUGAGGAGGUAGAGCGCCUUGAAGUGGAGAGUAUGGAUUCAGAUGUGGAGAACACUGAGGUGUAUAGACAAGAGGACAGUCAUCUACAGGAGGACAAUGAUCCCAAAACACCCAGUAUGCCGGAAGGGCAGAAUGUCAAGGUUAAUCAGAAAUUCCUCCUGAAGAAGUAUGGCAGAAGGAAGGGAAGUACAAGGUUCCUGGGUGGCAACAUUCAACUGAAGACUGGGUCCAGAAGGAGCAGUACUAGUAUCAGGACAACCUCUAGCCGGUUCAGGCAUAGUGCGUUUGGAUCUUCCGCUGUCAGCACUCUCGAGUUCUUCUCUCCGAGGCGUGUGCUGGGUGGCCCAAUGCAGUGUGAGAUCAGACAGGGGCCGGUACAGAAGCCUGUGGGGGUGACUGACCUCCCAGUGCCGAUGCCCCAGUCCUACAAGAGCAUCAAGUGGUGGCCUGAAACCCCUAACACUGGCAGGGUUUUCAAGAAGGCGAAACGAUCAGACUUAUCAGGCAAUUUCAGAGAUCAGCUGGCUCAGAUUUGGGAGUGGCUGUCAGAGUGGGAGGAGUUUGAGCGUAGCUCUACUGAAGGAGAUUUUCAAGGUGUGUUCCGUGAUGCUGUUGGAGUAUCUCGUCUCCCAUAUCAACCAGAAUGUAACAGGCCAUACUGCCGAUUGUUUUAUGAAUUGAUUUUUCAUUCCAGGAUUCGAGAUGAGACUGACAUCAACCGGUUGAUGGAUCGCACAUUGUUGUACAUCUUCUCCUGUCUGUCUGCUCGGGAGAUAGAUGUUGCCUCUCAGGUGUGUCGCAGAUGGCGGUUCUUGUGUGCCACUGACGAACUCUGGAUGUUCAAGUGUCUGGAGAUGGGUGAGCAGGAAGGUGUGGACAACAUCACAGGGCUGGUGCUGGAGGCUAACAGUCUGUCUCGGGUCGUAGACUGGAAGCUGGCUUACAUCGAGUUAACACAACUGGUACACACUAUGAAGCAGGGCCUGGCUGUUCCUCAGGAGAUACGGCUGACUGGUGAUGAAGAUGGAGAUCGGCAGAAAGAGGAAGAAAAGAAAGGUUUCAAGAAGAGUCUGCGUCUCCCCAAAGUCAAGCUGGGUGUGGGAGAACCAAUACGAUCCCACCAAGGGCAGACGACUCUGAGGUAUCUUUUAUCAGAGGAGGAAGAGGACAGUUCUGACGGUUCCUUUGAUGAAGAUUUAUCUCCCUUUAUGGCUGAAUAUGCCCUUCAAACCGAACCAGAACCGCAAGUCAAGUAUUCAUACCAGCCCCGAUAUCGCAAGUCUUCCCGCACAAGGAAGGUGAAGGACACUGACAAAGAUGUGAAAGACUCCAUACAAGAAGAAGACGAAGAUCAAGACAAGCAAACCAGUGCAGUGGUACGGAGGAAGAAGGAGGGCGACGAUGAUGAAGAUGAGGAGGGGGCCUCUCUGGAUGUACGACCAGCGCUUCAGUCCAGCGUUGAUUUACUGGGCAAGGUGGUGCCUGCUGUGAGUCUAGAGUGGCACGCAUCGUCUCCAAACACUGAACCAGUCACUAACACUCGUGCUCGAAAGUUUGCCGGUACUGUCACUAGCGUCAAGAAGGUUCGAAAACUGCAGGGUCAUAUGAGUGGCAUCCUCUGCCUCCAGUUUGACAACCGCCGCCUAGUGACCGGUGGUCUUGAUCGAAGUAUCCGUGUCUGGGACAUCCGUAGUGGGCGCAGUUUGCACAAGUUCUAUGGGCCUAAGGGAGGUGUCCGCUGUCUCCAAUUUGAUGAUGAUAUUCUAGUCACUGGCUCGUGGGACAUGGUUAUCAUGGUGUGGGACAUGCGACUGUUUACACACCGUGCAUCUCUCCCCGGCCACAAGGGAUGUGUGUCCUGUCUACAGUUCAACCACGAUUACAUAUUGUCUGGUUCCCAUGACGGCACUGUGCGUGUCUGGAAUCGGAGAGACUUCUACUGCAUCAGUGUCCUGGCUCUCCAUCGCGGCGCCAUCAACUCUCUCCGCCUAGAUGGCAGCAAACACAUCAUCACAGCGGCCAGUGACUUAUGUGUGAAGAAGACCAACAUCAUGACCGGCCAGACAGUGAUGAAGUUCCAGUCCAUCCAUUCUCAGAUUGUUUCCUUGGUGCUUCAGGAUUGUCUCCUGAUUGGUUCUGACCUCACCGGGACUCUUUACUUUUGGAACAAGAUCAACGGGGAGUCAGAGGCUGCUGUGAAGAGCCAUGAUGCACCAGUACACAAGGUGGCGUAUCAUCAAGGUCGAAUCUGGACAGCUUCUGGUGACCACUGUGUGAAGGAAUGGGAUUUGUCAACAAUGACAUGUGUCAGAGCUCUGCAAGGUCACAAGGGACCAGUCCGAGACAUCAAGGUGUCUGCUGAGAGGGCUGUCACCUGCAGCGACGAUGGCACGAUACGAAUCUGGGACUUUGUGCUGCCAAAAGGAGCACUCAAGAAGUCAGCUUGAAGAGUCAUUUUCUUGCUAUAGGCAGCUACAGGUGAUGGUGUCCAUGCUACAGAUAGAGCUACAUGGAGAUGGUGUCCAUGCUACAGACAGAGCUACAUGGAGAUGGUGUCCAUGCUACAGACAGAGCUACAUGGAGAUGGUGUCCAUGCUACAGAUAGAGCUACAUGGAGAUGGUGUCCAUGCUACAGAUAGAGCUACAUGGAGAUGGUGUAUCCAGAGCUACAUGGAGAUGGUGUCCAUGCUACAGAUAGAGCUACAUGGAGAUGGUGUCCAUGCUACAGACAGAGCUACAUGGAGAUGGUGUCCAUGCUAC